CCUGAAGGGCGGGAGUUUUGUUGCAUGGAAAAGCUGUUUCUGGUUGGUGGCCAGGGAGCGCUUGGGGUGGGGUCCCGUGUCUGCAUGUCGAUGAUAUGGGUCCGUUAUUCUGCAAGACGCGCAGAGCGGCUGACCGACAACAUCCAGACUGCAAAUAUUUCACUACAGGCAGCAACCCCUCGGAUUGGAAGGAUGCAAGAGCCCCAAAAACGAGGCAGAGGAAUACAACGCCCCGCGUGACAGAACAAAGACUGACAGGACCCCCUCGAAGAGCGGAAAUAUCCUCUCUCAAACCUCAGAGGGUCACUCCGUCAACGACUGCAAGACCGAUCUCAGCCAAACCCCCUUGUUCACCUACCCCUGAAUUCAUACUGAACGCCAAACCACAGAAAUCUCGUGCAAAAAAAACAGCGAGUUUGAAAGCGUCACUGGAACGCCUUGGUAGUGGUUUGAUCUUGCAAGCUGGUACGUUCAGCGUCGCUGUACAGCAUGUUAUCAAUAGCCUGGUUGCGAAGAACUAUAAGGUUGGAGCGGUCUGGAUGAAUGAACACUCAUCUCCACGUACACAGUAAGAUGAACACUUCGCCACAAUUACAUGUAUUUUCCAGGGAAGCAAAGGUCAUCAAGUGUGAUUUCAUUCAAGCUU